AUUAGUAGACGAUGGAGUUUAAACUCCAUUGAAGUGUUCGAUUGAAAUGCCUUCGCUGGUAUAUUUCGUUUGUCGAAAUAUCGAGUAUCCAAAAUACUUUAGCGCAGCAUAUCGCCCGAAUCAAACGGCGUAAAACUAAUUUAAGUUGUGAAAUCUGCAAUGUUUAUAAUAAUUGCUGGUAACCUACAAUCUGCUAAUUUCAGUGAUCGUCACGUACUUACUGUUCAUUACCGAGCUGUGCACGGAUUAUAACUGAUUAACAUGGUUGGUGAUAAGUAAUCUAAACACUAAAUCAUGUCGGGACAUCUGGAGACGAAACCACAUGACUUAACUACCGGCGAUAACAGAAAACCCAGAGCGUUGAACGUUUGCCGUUCUGACGUAAAUGACGACGGCAUCAACAAAGAAACGUCAUCGGAUCCUCGUCCAAUCAGAUCGAGUUCCGGUUUCCCGUGUAACGAUGACGUCACAAUUGAACUUCGACUUUUCAAACACCAAGUCGGAGGUCACACGUGCGUUCUGGAGAUUGGGCGGACGUCGAUUUGUAAACCGUUCGUCGAGCGAGAGAGCCGGUUUUAUGUGAACGCGCCGGACGCAUUGAAGCAAUUUAUUCCAAAGUACUUAGGUGAGACCUACGUAAGCUGCGAAGUGAAGGACUCCCGGAAGUGCCUCAUGGCGACCGUGCCGCGCGCGCUGAUUAAAGACGAGGACAUGUCGUUUUACGACAACGCGGGCACGUGCGACUUCCUGGUUGCAAAGCGACGGAAGAUGCAGCCGAAAAGCGAUGAAAUGACGAAUGAUUGUGAACUCCAAGAGACUUCGAAGCUCCGCUCAUGGAGUAGCACGUGCAUAGACAGACAGAUCAGUCGCUAUGGAUUCUGGGCCAACAACCAGCCUCAACGUUUUAUAAUGCUUGAAAAUCUUGUCUGGGACUGCGUCAAGCCGUGUAUUAUGGAUCUCAAAAUGGGCACACAACAAUUCAGCGAAAAUGACAACGAGGCAAAGCGGAUGUUGAAAGAGCGCAGGUGCGCAGAAACCACUUCCGCCUCGCUUGGUUUUCGAAUCUGCGGGACUCAGAGUUAUCAAAUUCAAACAUCGGCCUACAUCUUCCACGACAAGUACUACGGACGAUCACUUAAUGAGCUAAGUACAAAAGAGGAGCUACGCCAUUUCUUUCACAACGGCGUCUUUCUGCGUUGUGACGUCAUAGAACAAAUGAUUAAGAAAAUUGUGUCACUCGAAUGUGUUCUUGUUAAAGAAAAACAUUUCAAUCUGCAUUCCACAUCGUUGCUGCUGUUAUAUGACGGUCAGGUUGCUGAUGACGUCAUCAGUGUCGCUAGCAAUCAAUUCAUGAAAAAGAACGGUGUGACGGAAGCAGUGCGGAAAGGUGAUGACACAAUUACUCCAAGCAGCUCAUUAUCCAACGGGCUUUCGACUCAGCCAAUGUGUUUACAAGACAGUUCAAAGUGGGAUGUACAAAAUGAACGGCUGAAAAUGAAGUCUUUCCCUGACGUCAAAUCUUUUACGCGCGAUAGUGCAAAUGGUGAUGUUCCCAAUGACGGGCUGACAUUGAACUCUUCAUCUGACGUCAAAUCAUCGUCAAGCGUCCCGCCGCAAAACGAUUCGUGGUUAGACCACUGUGAUAUCUCUCAAAGUCGAUUGGUCAGCAGAGAGAAUUGCGCUUUGCCUCACGUCGAAUUCCUGCCCGUCGAAAAAGGAAAUUCUGGCAUCGUACAGUGCCAAAAUGAAAACGUAGAAAACGCACCGGUGAAAAAUCCUCACACAUCGAGACAUAAUGUAGAAAGCAUAGAAUCUUCCUCAGGCAUUGACGCGAUUGUCACAAAUGUAUUCAAUGGGGAUGCCGUGACAUAUGCCAAUCAACAGCGAGUUUUUACUUCAAAUGUUGAGCAACAAUGUAAGAUCGAUAUGAGACUAAUAGAUUUCGCUAAUGCUAUUGAUAAAACGCCCGAUGUAGAAAAUGGAGAGAAUCGACCGAUUCUGUUUGGAUUAGGAAAACUUAAAGCAAUGCUCAAUGAAAUUCUCCAAGAGGAGAUCCAUCAUCAGUAACUGGUGAUCAAUUGCUCGUUGUCGGAUCAAGUACUAAUUAAAGGAACCCCUGAUAAUCUUAAGAAUACUACAGUAUAC